GUGUUAGUUCUCUGUUUUCCCUACUUCUUUAAAUAUAUACUUCAUGUUUCAAACUCUAAACCUUACUCUUGAUUUGAGUUUCUACUAUCUUGACUUGUUGUGAGAUGGACUCAAGAAGAAGUAAAGUCUGUGGUGAAACAGCUUGUGGGUUUUCAGCUUCUUCAAGUGAUGCCAAGGAACGAACUGCUUCAAUGCGAAAGCUCUGUUUCGUUGUGGUGUUAUGUCUCUUGUUCAUGAGCAUUGAAGUUGUUGGUGGCAUUAAGGCUAAUAGUUUGGCUAUACUAACAGAUGCAGCUCAUUUGCUCACUGAUGUUGGUGCUUUUGCCAUCUCUAUGCUCUCCUUAUGGGCUUCUUCUCUGGAAGCUAAUCCCCGGCAGAGUUACGGCUUCUUCAGGAUUGAGAUUUUGGGUGCUCUUGUCUCAAUCCAGCUCAUUUGGUUACUCACUGGGAUUUUGGUCUAUGAAGCCGUAACUAGACUCCUCCAAGAGACUAAUGAUAACGUUUAUGGUUUCUUCAUGGUUCUUGUUGCUGCUUUUGGUUUAGUUGUAAACAUCAUAAUGAUUGUUGUGCUUGGACAUGAUCAUGGGCAUGGGCAUGGGCAUGAUCAUGUUCAUACUCAUGGUCAUGGUCAUAGUCAUACUCAUGUGCAUGGCCAUAGUCAUGGGGGGGAAGCUGAGCAGUUGUUAGAGAAACCAAAGGAAGGGAGGAACAUUAAUGUGCAAGGGGCUUAUCUUCAUGUUCUUGGGGAUUUAAUCCAGAGCAUUGGGGUGAUGAUUGGAGGGGGUCUAAUUUGGUAUGAGCCUAAAUGGAAAGUAAUUGACUUGAUCUGCACGUUAUUCUUUUCGGUUAUUGUUUUAGGGACGACCAUUAAGAUGAUCCGAGGCAUACUAGAAGUUUUAAUGGAGAGCACACCGAGGGAGAUCGAUGCGAAGCAACUCGAAAAGGGAUUGAUGCAAAUCGAAGAAGUGGUGGGUGUUCAUGAGCUGCACAUUUGGGCAAUUACAGUUGGAAAAGCUCUGGUUUCUUGUCCUGUCAAGAUUAGACCAGAAGCUGAUGAUGAUAUGGUUCUUAACAAAGUGAUCGAUUACAUCUGGAGAGAGUUUCAUAUCAGUCACGUUACCAUACAAAUCGAGCGUUAAAACAAC